AUGCGAUACUCCAUCCUGCGUAGCGACCUCUCGUUCAACAACCUCGCAUGGCAGCUCGCGCCCCAUCUGCUGCCGCUCAACGUCACCAAUCUGUACGCGCAUGGAGGCACCGAUCUUCUUUUUCUGAGUGCCACGAGUAGAAACCUGUCGGGGAACCCGGUCACGGACGGCUUUCUCAACGCGUCACUGUUGCCGUUCCAGUUGAAGUCGCUCGACCUCACAUCGUGCGGCAUUGUCUCGAUCGUUGGCGAUUUCCCGCCGCAGCUCACGCGCGUGCAUCUCCGUGGGAACCCGAUCGCGUCGUUUCCGCUGUCGACCGCGACCGCAACACUCUUUCGCGCGAUCCCCAAUGGCCUCGUGCUGCCCGAUCAGAUCUUGUCGCUCAACUGCUCGACGUCGUCGCAGCUCAAGCUUCUCGCGGGCAACUCGACGGUCGUGUUUUGCCCCGAUGCGACGUACAUUGCGGCGGGAAGCGACGUCGUCUCGUCCAGCAAAGGAUGGUUUUUCGGCGUCGGCGCCGGCGUCGUCCUCGUCGUCCUUGUCGCGGUCGUCGUCUUGUAUCGCAAGCGGCUCGUGCGCUCCAAAGCGCUCUCCAAGCUCCUCGAAGAUUUCGCGUCCAACCGGUCGCGUCAAAGCAAGCUCGACUCGAUGGCGGGCUUUGAGUUUACAGCGACUCCCGGCAUCGCCGAGUCGGCCGCGGGUCUCUCGCGCUUUGAAACGGAUUUGCUCGAGAGCGACCUCGCCGAGCACCGGAUUCCGCUCAACGACGUGCAGAUUCUAGGCCCGCUCCAUGGCAAGCACAAGAAUGCGUCCGUGCCAGGCACCAUGAUGCUGUACAAGGCCGAGUUUGACGGCCGCCUCGUCGUGCUCAAGACGCUCAUGACCGACACGCACGCGGCCGGCGCGCUCGCGGCCCAAGCCGACGCGUUCCUCGCCGUCAUUACGCUCCGCGCGCGCUUGGACCACCCAAACAUUGUCACCUUUAUCGGCGCCGUCUGGAGCAGCAAUCUGCGCAAGGGCAUGCUUGGGUUUGGCUUUCUCUCCGAGCACAUGGCCAAAGGUGACCUCGGACGCCUCCUCACGCUCGACCAGUCGCGGUCGUCGGCCGAGCGGCUCUUCAAGUGGAUGCCGCGGAGCUCGAACGCGCUCCCGAAGCUCUCGCUUGUUAGUGACAUUGCGCUCGCGAUUGUGUGUUUGCACUCGUUUGCGCCGGCGAUCAUGCACCGGAACCUCCACGCACGCCAUGUGCUCUUGACCAACGACUAUGUCGCCAAGCUCAGCGGGUUUCGGCCGCAGGACGCCGAGCACGAGCCGCCGCGCUUCGUCCCCGACCGGCUUUUAACACCGCCCGAAGUGCUCAAGGGUGAGGAGUGGACCGAGAAGGCCGACAUUUACGCCUUUGGGAUUCUCAUUUGCGAAGUCGACUUGGGCCACCACCCGUAUGCACACACGAUCAAGAGUGGCGACGCGGAAGACGCGAGCCAGCAGAUUGCGACGCUGGUCAUGGCCGACUUGCUCCAGCCCACGUUCUCGGUCGAGUGCCCGAUUGACGUGCAGGACGUGGCCAAAAAGUGUCUUGCCCACUGCGCCGAGGACCGUCCAUCGGCCGUACAAAUGGAGUACUGGCUGCGCAAGCUGCGCUUGUCGUACUAA